UGUUUAUUUAUGAAUUUGUACUAGGAUGGGAAAAUGAUAAUUUGGGAUGCUUUUACAACUAACAAGGAGCACGCAGUUACGAUGCCAACAACUUGGGUGAUGGCAUGUGCUUAUGCACCUUCAGGGAAUUUGGUAGCUUGCGGGGGUUUGGAUAAUAAGGUAACUGUUUAUCCCUUAAGUCUAGACGAAGAUGUAUCACUACGAAAAAAAACUGUUGGAACUCAUACUAGCUACAUGAGCUGCUGUAUUUUUCCCAAUUCAGAUCAACAGAUUUUGACUGGUAGCGGAGAUUCGACGUGUGCUCUAUGGGAUGUAGAGUCGGGUCAGUUGCUUCAAAGUUUCCAUGGACAUUCAGCGGAUGUCAUGGCAAUAGAUUUGGCCCCUUCUGAAACUGGAAAUACAUUUGUUUCUGGAAGUUGCGAUAAAAUGAUUUUAAUUUGGGACAUGAGGUCUGGACAAUGUGUCCAAUCUUUUGAAGGCCACGAAUCAGAUGUGAAUAGUGUGAAAUUCCACCCUAGUGGUGACGCUAUCGCAACUGGCAGUGAUGAUGCAACGUGCCGGUUGUUUGACUUGAGAGCUGACAGAGAAAUAGCAAUUUAUACUAAGGAGAGCAUAAUGUUUGGUGUGAAUUCUGUUGACUUUUCUGUAUCAGGUCGUCUCCUGUUUGCUGGUUACAAUGAUUAUACAGUGAAUGUUUGGGACACUCUCAAAUGUGUGAGGGUUUGUCUCCUAUAUGGUCACGAAAAUCGAGUUUCGUGUCUACAAGUAUCUCCUGAUGGAACAGCUCUCUCUACUGGCUCUUGGGAUUAUACGUUAAGGGUUUGGGCUUGAAAUGUAACGACAUGCGAAAUAAAUAGAUUUUCAUGAGGGACAACAGCAGUCACUCAACUCAGUUAAACUAGGUUAGAAUUGUAAUGAAUAAAUAAAUAUCGAUGUUAGGUGUCACAAAAACAGUUUCAAAAUGUGUCACUUACUUGCAGUUUACCAAGAUACAUGUCUAACGAUAAUAUGUCAUAUUAAACACUUAAAUGUAGAGCUUGUAUGUGUAACGAAAUUCAUUAUUAA